UCAAAAUGGUGGUUGUAUUGGAUGUUUAUUUAUUAUUAAAAGCGUAAAAAAGGAAAACAAAUACAAUUUGGGUCACAUGAAACUACCAAACUUUUUGAAUCUACUAAACAGGAGUAAACGCCCUUGAUACGAUGAUUCAGGCCUGUUUGAAUAAAAUACAAACAUUCGAUGCACACAUUGUGAGAUAAAUUCUGAUUGGCACUUAUCUCUAAAGAUGAUGGAUAUUUUUAUCUAUUUGAAUCAUCUCUCUGGGCACCAAUGAUGGUUUGCCAAAGCCUAGUGAAUACAUACAAAAAAGAAUAAGAUGGGUAGGUUUUCUUGCCAGACAUGUCCUACACUUUUGUUUACACCUGUUGCAAGUUAAGGGGAUCAUUUUUCAGAGGAUGAGGCUAAUUCUGAGGAAAAACUAAGCAAAAUGGGUGCUACAAGCAACAAUAAUGCAGCUAGGAUAGCUGUGCUACAAGAAAGGAAAAAACAAAUUGAAGAAACCUUAGCUAAACGUACCCAAGAGCUCAAGCAGCUAUGCAUCCAGGAAGCAGAACUGACUGGUAUCACACCUCCAGAGAUGCCUCUAGAACCAGGGGAAACACUACCCUGUAUAAGGAGACGUGUUGGCACAGCAUACCAACUCUCUGAGAAUUUAAUAAAAAACUCUAGCAAAGAUGAACUUAUAGCUGACUUAGAGCUGCAAAUUCAGCUACAUGCUAAUAUGGCUGAAGCAGCAUUGGGACUGGCAAAUGAACAAAACAUGAGCAAGACUAUGAAACGUCAACAUAGAGCUGAGUAUCAGAAGCAUAAAAAUCAGUGCAUAGCAUUACAAUCAAAACUCGCACUUUUGAAAGAAAAAGCAAAUUCUGAGCACAAACAGAAGAAAAAGCCAAGGGCCCCUGAAUUUGUUUCAGAAGACAAUGUAUCUCUGGGGGCCACUGUGAAUGAACCAUUUACAAAAACUGAGCUCAGACACAGUAUAAGAUCAGCAAAGCACAGUCCUUCAAGCCAAAGUGGCAACAGCACUGAACAGAGAUACGAAACAUCAAGUACAAGCAUGUAUCGAAAUUCGGACAUGUCUUAUAUCGCAACACACUAUCGUCCCGAGGAUUUAUUAACUUCUGGUGUCUACAGGUUGAGUCUCAAUGGAUAUAGCAAGUAUAUGGAAAAGAGAGAAAAUAUGAAUGUGUACCCCUCAUGCUAUUCCACGACACCUCCAAGCAUGUAUCAGUUCAAUGCAGGCCAAAAUUCCUCCCACAUGUCACAGCAUAGCUCAUACAUGUCUCAGCAUAGUCCUCACUUAUCCCAGCAUAGCCCGCACAUGUCUCAGCACAGCCCACAUUCUUCACAAAAUAGUCCACACAUGUCCCAUGUGACACAACAUAGCCCUAUCAUUCAUCAGCAUAGCCCUCAAAUGUCGCAACACAGUCUGCAAAUGCAGAGGAAUUCUCACGUGUACAGUUAUCCCCAAUACUCAGAUUAUCGACUGAGUCAUAAUCCCCAAAUUCAAAGUCCCCCUAAGGUUCAAUACUAUCCCUCGCAGGGGAUGUCUAACUAUAGGGGUUACGAGGGGAGUUAUAGAAAUCCGCAUCAAAUUCAACCUCACCAGCAAUAUGAACAGAUGAACGUUACUUCAGGACUAGGUGGUUGUUGGAAGAAAACAGAGAGUGGGGAAUUUGUUUGGUGCAAUUCGAGUACUAUUGAUAUCAACUGGCAGCGUGACAAAAGGUUUGGUAGUUUAGACAGAAGGAAAAACAAGAGAAUUUCUAAACGGAUAUCGCCGAAUGUGGAUAAUAAGUCUGCAACAUUAGCCACGGUGCCGAACUACCAGGAUCAAAUCAGAAGUGCAUCAGUAAAAUCAUCCCAGGUUGUAAGUCGGAGAAGUCAAGAUAAUGGAAAUUUGGUUAGGACUCAGUCUCUCGGUAGUGUGGGGGCACAAACAGUGGAUAGUAUAUUAUAUCCCAGUGACGAUAACUCUUCAUGUGGAAGUGACAAUCGGAUAAAUCAGAAUUUAAGAAAAUAUAAGGAAAAGGAAUGGCUAGAGACAUCAUUGGAUGGGUCAAUCUCACCUACUCAGUCAGUUCGAUCUUCAUCUCAACCAGUGAUACCAACGGUCUUAGCUCCAGAGGAAAAAUAUGUUAGUUCACCGCCUAAACAUUGUAGACCCAUCACACCAAAACCUCCUUUAGAAAUACCUGCAGAAUCUAACCCUUCCCCCCGAGUACAGGACACAAAUAUAGAGUUUUUCAAUAACAACAUUCCAAAAAAUUGUACAAUAGUGCAAGCUGGCCAUUGCAAGCCUUACCAUGAAGAAACGAAACCUUUUGAAAUGUCAGACUUUUACAAGUAUUCAACAAAGUUCAAAAAGUCACCUAGCAAAGUUGAGACGGAUGGGCCGAGCAGAUUGAACCAAAACGUUGGGACCGGUGCCAGUGCAAGAAGUUUGACUGAAAGGUUUGAUGAUUCUACAGGCCAAUACUCCCCAAAGUUGCAAUAUAGUAACAGUACAAAUAUGUCACCAAGCGCGGACAAUUCUGGUAGUCUGAACACCAGCUUAGACCUAGCUGUGUCUGAGAACUUCUCAGCAGAAAUGGAUGCCUGGUAUAAAGAUCAACAGCAGAACAAUAAUCCACCUGGAAAUUCAGGCAAGAGUAGGUCUACAGCAACAUUAGUGUAGUGUAUACAUAUGUCGAUGCGAUAUAUGUUGAAGAGGUUUUUUUUUGUUAUUGAAGCGUGAUUAAAAAAACGCAGAAGCAUAUGAAAUUUCCUUAUCAGGGUCAUAGAUACAAAAAAGAAAAUAUACUUCAUCUAUAUUUUUUGUUAUAUCCUAGGAACAGGGUUUUACAGCGAUUUCCAUGGAAACUCUGCAUAUUGUCCAAUUAAUGUAAGUUAAAUAUUUUAUAUUUGCAGGAUCACAUAAGAAUUAAUGAAUCUAAUUGGGUUAUAAAUUUUGAAGAUUUUUUUCGAGAUCUAUGAAAAGUUGAGUUGCAGUUUGAUGUCUAUUCGACUAUGUUUUCUUAUCGUUUUAUCCAAUACAUUACUGGUUAUAAGUCCUAUUCGGCGUUCGAGAAGCUGGCCAUACACACACACUCUUUCGCGCGGAGAUUCUGUGGCUUCCAAAAAACUUGCAUAAAAUCUUUUGUGAUAGGGGUCAUCGCUACACGCCAUGAUAAAACGGAAAGGAAUUUUAGCCGUUCUUUCGUCUUGAGUGGCGCGUACUUGAGGCCACUUACAAAACACCGCGCGUUAGGCUACAUCCGACAAAGCCGGAUUCUACCUGAGGAUAAAAAAAAAGUGAUCUGAAAUAUUCUACCGUCAUCUGUGAAGCAGUAGCAGAACACAAACAUGGAUUUAAAAAUCUACUUUGGAAAUGAAGUAUUUGUUUCUGCUAGUGUCUCACUGGCAUUAGGAUUUUCAAUCCUUUUUUGGCGGUUCUCUAAUGCCCAUUUUAAUUAGGUAUCUUUAGGCAUUGAAAAAGAGAUUGAAGAUCCUAGCAUCAUCUAUGAGACGAUAGCAGAACUAAAAUUCUAGCUCUGUUCGAAGUGUGUUUGUAAAAUCAUUUUAUUAUUCUGUGACUGUCUCAUAAAUAGUAGUAUCUUUCAGGUCGCUUUUGCUAUGCUCAUAUGUUCGACUAUAGCGCCAUUAAACCUUUUCACAUUAAAUUUCUGUUGAUUGCGGAAAAGAGAAACAGCAGUGAAAAAUUCUCUUAAAUGACUCCAGGAUAUGUCAUCUCGGAUAAUUUCUUAGACGCCAGAAUAUACUAUUAGGAUUUUCAUUCCUUUUUUGGUACCUUUAGGCAUUGAAAAACGGAACGAAGAUCCUAGCACCAUCUAUGAGACGGUAGCAGAACUAAAAACACUAACCCUUUUUUCAGAAGUGUGUUUCUAAAUUCAUUUUCGAAUUCUGUUACUGUGUCAUAAAUAGUAUAUUUCCGAUCCCUUUUCACAUUAAAUUUCUAAUAAUUGCAAAUAAGCGAAACGGCUGUGAAAAAUUGUCAUAGAUGACGCCAGGAUAUUUCAUCUCGGAAAAAUGUUUAGAUGUCGGAAUUAGGUUGACUAUUUUGAGGUAGAUCACGUUAGUCAAUGGUAAAAGUAGAUGAUAUAGGAACUCGAAAUACUAAAAAUUUGUAAAAUAAGUGAAAGAUUGGUCUCAAUGAAAUAAUCCGCUGUUUUCUAUCAGAUAUAUCAAAUUCUAGUUAUUAGAGUGGAACUACAUAACAUAAAAUAAAAAUUACAUACUACAAACUCACCCGACAUGUCUAACUUGUUGCAGCAGUUACGCCUCUGGAUAGUUUCAGCAUUUUUGAAGAUUAUUUUUUAUGUUAAUCACUACAAUGAUUUUGCCGGAUUUCUCAAUCUUUGAUUCCUUCAAAUAAACUCUGACUACGGUUAUACAUUUUGUGGUCAUGAAACUAGGCCAUUAAACAGGCCUUUCAAAAUUUCUCCAAAAUCCAGUAAUAUUUUCCAAGUUAUAGAAGGACGAAUGAUUAAAUUAGUUUUUUAAUUCAACUAAUCUAAAUUUUUGUAAGGUGCCUCCCUUCCUUUUUAAGCUGGGUGCGCCCUUUUGACGCGAAAGAGGACGCGAGUAUAUGGCCAACUUAUGCAAAGAUAUGCUUUAAACUAGUUUGAUCAGGUGGUAUGAUACAUAUAUCGUGGUAGAAAAAUGAAGGAAAGUUAUUGAUUUAACUUUAUUAUUAGGUUUAGGCAAGGUGAUUUUGAUGAAAAAGAGAAUCAUUUUUCAUAAAAUUUGUCACAUACUUAUCUGAAGUAUCUCGUACUAACUGUAGUAAUAACGGGUGCUCUUUUAGAGGUAUGGAAUGUUGAAAUAAAAUAAAAACACUUAUAAAGUUUACGAUUUUAUUGAACUACGCAUCAAAAUUUAUAUGAACUUUGUAUGAGGUUACUAGAUUAUAAAUUUAUAAUUUCGGAACGAUUUGCUAAUGUUAUAUUUCUAGACAGAAAAAUGCUCUCUACUUGAUGUUAAUUUGAUCUGUAAUGUAUUUAAGCCCCAUUUACGCCCGUCAAAACAAAGACCAGUGUGCGACCAUCAAAAUCGCGCUUCUGUUAUAUUGGCAAGCAGGCCAUAAAUGCUUGGGUAAGGCAAUAAAAGCAGCGAUCGAGUACUUAUGUUUGACUUUAUGGCGGGUAAGUUGGAUUUGAAUACACUAUAGUUUGCCAAGUUGCGUCGGCGAUAUUUUCAACGUUCUACAUACUUGAACAAUCGAUGAUUUAUUCCUAGUGUAUUUCCUCUAAAAAACACUCGAUAUUUCUUCAAAUGACUAUAAAAAUUUGUCAGAAGACUGAAAAAAGAAUAUUGCACUUUUAAAUGUUGCUAUGUUUGUCUAGAGUUGUGAAUAAGAAUGUUAGUAUUUUUAUAUCGUCCAGCGACGGUGUUUUGUAAAUUAGAGUUUUUAUUAUACCACAUAUCACAAUACUAAUAAAAAGUGUAGUAGUAUAGUCUCAAAGUACUUUAUCAAUUAUUGUAAAAUUGCAGAUUUAAAUAAUCAGUGGAUUAUGGAAACAACACUCUGGUACUGUUGAGGCAAUUUUUAUACUGUUCCGCUGUCUUGUUAAAUUUUUAUAUCCACAAUAUUGCACUUUGAAAUGUGUUGUUAAUGAGUGCCUUGUUUAGAAUGUUAAUUAAAUAAAAAAUAUUUUCGUAAGAAAUAUGUUGUCUAUAUAUUUUUAUAUAUAUUAUAUAUAAAAUUAAGGGAAGCAAAAUUGAUGAUUAUUGAUAGUUACGUACAGAGCUUAAUAAAAAUACUCAUGUUUUGUGAAAGUUACUUGGAUUUUAAGUUCAUCGUGUCUAUGCAUUUUUUCCAUUGCAUUGCAAAUUUGAAACAAUACACAAUUAUAAUGAAAAUUUAAAUUGUUCUUAUUGUGAGCGCAGUUGCAAUCAUAUCUCUUGUAGAAAAAUGGUGUAAAAAAUAUAAAAUGGGUGCAUUUUGAACGAAAAUACCGAAAUUGUGGAACUUGGGCCAAAUAAAAAUAAAUGCAUAAGUUUCAAUAGACUCGGUCUGAAAUAUUUAAAUGCUAAAUUUGAUUGAUCCGGUCAACUUGAAAUUUGAUUUGUAUUCAUUUCCCAAAAAACUACAUACGGACCUCAGUCCUUUGUUUUUCGGUUGCAAAAAAUCUAGUGACGUCACAAUUAUCGAUAGUGCUUCGUUUAAAUAAACAUGUACAAAAUAAUGUAAAUACUUUACAUUUUUAUAUAGAUAUACUAUAUAGCUGGCAUAUAUGGAAACGUUUCAAGUUUUAACCACAACUUAGUUUUGAAUUUGUAUAUUUUUUCUUCACAUUGAAAACCACUGUGUGAAAAAAUCAUAUCCUUUUAGCAUAUGAUCUCAAGAUAGACUUGUGAAUGUGAUUUUAUUAUUUUGUUUUUGACACUCAAAGUGUACAUACAAGGGUGGACUUACACGUCAUGCAACGCUACUGUUUUUAUGGGGUUUUAAAACUCAUGACUAUUCAAAAUGAACAGAAUCAACGCUUCAUUUUGAAGUUUGGUUUUAUAAAAAAUCAUCAUGUAUAUUUAGAUGAGUCUUUGAUUUGACGAAGUUUUCAAGCUAUGAGAAUGCCCAUCCUCAGUAUUUUUUAGACUAUGAAUUGUAGAUAAAAAUUACUAGGGGGCACAUCGUCAGUCGUUCCUACAAUUGUAGGACGCCUUUAUGGCCUCCUUGAUUUUCAUAGUCUUUUCUCUCCUUUAGAAAGGCUGGGGUAUUUCUAGAUUUCUACUGUCCCGUGUCAGCGUUAGCGCUCUCAUAUUGUGAAGUCAUGUUUUCUUUUUGGAUUGUAGAAAUUUAUUAAUAAAUCAAUUUGAUGCAAAUACAUAUUUGUGAAAUAACCUCAAAAUAAAGCGCUGACACGGAACAGCAGAAAACUAUGGAAAUCAAUGAGACCAUAACAAUUGUAGGAAGGACUGACGAUACGACGCUAAGAACCUUCUUUGUUCAGCAAAAAAAUAAAUUUUUUAUAACUUGUUUAAAAAUACGGAUUUAUUUGACGUCAAAUUCCUGUUAAAUUUGGUCAAGAACUCGAUUCAUGAAGAAAUCCAUGGAUUUAUUACACCCUUAUAUCAAAUACACUAAAAACCAUACUUAUAAGACGGCUCGAGUUCAAUGUGUACGAGAUAGAAGUAUGUGUAGGCACACAUAUUAGAAAUAGAUGGAAGCCUGGUGCAUAGCGAAGCUCAUCGCCACGUUGCUAAGCAAUGCAGAUGCGGCAAUAUGCCGCGUUGCCAAUAUGUUACACCAGUUCCUUGAAUUAAUUCGAAUAUUGAAAAUGUGUGUUACUUUAUACUUUACGCCCAAAUAAUGGUUUUAUUUUGAGCGUACAGAUUUCUGAAUCGUGUCGAAUUUAUUUAUUAUCUAUUCCGGAUCGGUCCUAAGAGCGCUCCAUUUUAGGUCUAAAUGAAAGGUCAGGAUCGCCACAAAUUCUGCAACAUUGCAUUGCUUCGUUUGUAGAUUCCAAGGCAAGGUUUCCACCUCCAUGAUCAUAUUUGAGCUUUGAAAUGUCUUUCACCUGCAUACACGCAGACAGUGAUAAUUUGCAUUGCGUAACGUUUUUUGUUACAUUUUCCGGCCGCAGCGCUGUCGCAAAAUGUAACAAUAACUCAGGAUGUGUUGAUUUUAUCAAAUAUAAUUCUAAAAUAAAUUGAAACACUAAGUCGCAUCAAAAUUGAAAUGAAUAAUUCUAAUCAAAAUGAAAACAGAAUAUUAAAUUAAAUGUUCCGUCUUGGGUUUGACAAUAGCCUAACUUAUUGUAGCAGCCUGUGCGGACAUGUUCUGGUGUAACAUAUUGGCAACGCGGCAGAUUGCACGCCCGUCACCGUUGCUAGGCAAUGUGGUGAUGACCUUCGCUGACCAGGCGGCUUCUAGCUGUUUCUAAUGUGUUGAUACACAGUUCUAUCUCGUACGCAUUGAACUCAAGCCGUCAGACAAAUUUGGUUUUCCCUGUAUAAAAUUAUUAAAGAAAAUCUAUUCAGAAGAUUAAUCUUCAGGUUUCAAUCCAAACCAAAGUAUUCUUGUGGGUUUGAUUAAACGAUUUUGAAACAAAAUAAAAG